CUCUGUUUGUCCGCCGGGGAAUGAGGCUCCUCUGACGGGGUGUUUCACCGUGUCGAUCCGCUCUCCGGGGGGGAAACGGGAGAACCGGAGCCCGGGAGGAGAUGAGAACAUGAGGGAGCUCUGGUGGAUCCUGCUGCUCCUGCUGCGGAGACCGGAGGAGGCGUGCGGGAGCGGUGUGGUUUUCACCAAACAUCCCACCAAUCAGACGGUGUCUCAGGGGAACGAGGUUCGUCUGGGAUGCGCGGUGGAAGGAGUGAAUGAGCCGGACAUCUUUUGGAUGAAGGAUGGAGAGAAACUGUACAGCACGGACCAGGUCUUCCUCACCCUGGGAGAUCAGCAUUUGGAGACCUCCCACAGUGUGAAGUCGGUCCAGCAACAGGAUGCAGGGCAGUACUGGUGUGAGGUCGAGUUUCAUGGUCUGAACUUUUCCUCGCAGCGAGCCUGGAUCACAGUGGAAGGCGUCCCUCACUUCCUCCAGGAGCCCCAGGAUGUGGCCACGCUCCCCGACGCUCCCUUUAACCUGACCUGCGCCGCCGUCGGCCCUCCAGAGCCCGUCGAAGUGCUGUGGUGGCUCGGAGGAGUCCAGGAGGGGGAGCCCAGAGCGUCUCCCUCCGUUCUCCACGUCGCAGGUGUGAACAGCAGUGUGAAGUUUUACUGUGAGGCGAAGAACACUCGUGGGAUCUCGGUGUCCAGAACAGGAACGGUUCACAUUAAAGUACUGCCCGCAGCACCGUUCGGCCUGCAGGUCAUCAGGAUGAACUACAACAACGUCACGUUGUCAUGGAAACCGGGAUUCUCUGGCUACUCAGAACUGGCCACCUGCAACGUCCAGGUGUCGCGGCGCUCCGUCCGGAGGUCGGACCUCCCCCCGCAGACGGUCGUGGUUCCUCCCCACCUCCUGGAGCUGUCUGGCCUGAGGAGUCACUCUAACUACAGCGCCAGGGUGUCGUGUGUGAACGAGGUGGGGGCGUCUCCUUUCUCCUCCUGGCUGCACUUCACCACACCAGAGUCCGUGCCCUCAGCUGCUCCCAUGAACCUCAGCUUCCAGCUGUCCGAGCAGCAGCUCCAUCUGACCUGGGAUCAGCUGCAGGAGUCCCAGCUGCAGGGCCGCCUUGUCUCCUACAAGCUGCAGUGGACUCUGGCAGGAGAACUGCAGGAGCCGCUGCUCUACAAGGAGAACUGGGCUGAGCUUCCAGGAGGAGCUCGCUUCUUCAACGCCUCCUUCCAGGUGUCGGCCUGCACGUUGGUGGGAUGCGGCCCCUCCAGCCCCCCGGUGCUGGUGCUGCCUGCCUCAGUGCAGGUCCAGGUCCCGCGGAGCCACAUGUGGGUGGGGCUGCUGCUGGGCCUGCUGGGGGCCACGGUGGUGGGCCUCCUCCUGACGGUGGUCGCUCAGCGCCGAGGGAAGGAGACGCAGUUCGGAUCGGUCUUCAAGAGUCCUGGUCCUGACAGCUCGGUCUCCUUCACAGCAGCUCGAUCCUUCAGCAGGAACGUCAGCGACCAGCACGAGUCCACCUUGGACAGCUUAGGUAUCAACGAUGAGCUGAAGAACAAACUGCAAGAUGUUCUGAUUCCGGAGAGGCUGCUGACUCUGGGACACAUGCUGGGCAAAGGUGAGUUUGGCUCAGUUCGAGAAGCCCUCCUGAAGACGGAUGACUCCUCCAUCCAGAAGGUUGCUGUGAAAGUUCUAAAAUCUGACAUCACUUCCUCUGGAGACAUCGAGCAGUGUCUGAAGGAGGCAGCAUACAUGAAGGACUUCCACCAUCCCAACGUCAUCCAGCUCAUUGGAGUGAGCCUCCACAGACGUCCCGGUCAGCGGCUGCCGAUCCCGAUGGUGGUGCUACCGUUCAUGAAGCACGGAGACCUGCACACCUUCCUGCUGCUGUCCCGCCUGGGAGAGCAGCCAUUCGAGCUGUCCCUGCACACCCUGCUGCGCUUCAUGCUGGAUGUGUCUCGGGGGAUGGACUACCUGAGCAGCAGGAACAUCAUCCACAGAGACCUGGCAGCCAGAAACUGCAUGCUGGACGAGAAUAUGACGGUGUGUGUGGCAGACUUCGGCCUCUCUAAGAAGAUCUACAGUGGAGAUUAUUACCGGCAAGGAUCCGUCUCAAAGCUUCCUGUCAAGUGGAUCGCACUGGAGAGUCUGGCCGACAACGUGUACACCACACAGAGCGACGUGUGGGCCUUUGGAGUCACCAUGUGGGAGAUCAUGACUCGUGGCCAGACUCCGUAUCCCGGUGUGGAAAACUCUGAAAUCUACGAGUUUCUGAUUAAAGGAGAACGACUGAAGAAACCUCCGGACUGCAGAGACGACAUAUAUGAGAUCAUGCACAGCUGCUGGAGUCCGGUUCCAAAGUGUCGUCCCAGUUUCCAGCUCCUCGUCAGCCAGCUGGAGGCGCUGUGGCUCAGCGUGUCGCCGGCGCCUCCUACGAAGGAGCCCUUACUCUAUGUCAACCUGGAAGGGGAGGAGGGGGACCCCAGCAUGGGAGCAGGAGGCGUGGCGGGGGCCCGGGCCCCACUACCAGAGGAGGAGCAGCAGGAUGAGGAGGCAGCAGCAUCCAGCUGGAGCGUCCCGUGGCAGCGGUGUGUGGAGGACGAGGAGAAGGACUGGCUCAUAAUGGCGUCCGGCGCCGCGCUCGCCAUUGGAGGAGACUACAGGUACAUCAUCGGACCAUGUGGCGCCCCUGAGGAGGAUGGGGAGGGAGAAGAGGGGAGGCGAGGAGAACUGAUGAGGGACGAGGAAGACGUCAUCAACGUCUGAUCCACAUCGACCAAUCACAGAGCUCCUCUGGCCUCAAGGGACAGGUGUUGUUUCUGCAAGGCGGAGCCACUGCAGGUGGGCGGAGUCAGACUGACAGUUUGAGUCAGCAGUGUGGCAUGAUGGGAAAACCUGUCACCUGCAGGAGGCGCCGUCCAAACCCCCUCACUCAUUAAUUAUGCAUGAAUGAUGAGCCUGGUGGAGGAGCAAUUAUUGGUUGCCAUAGCAACACUUACCGGUGAUUAACCGACUAACCACUGCAUGAACUCUUGAAAGUGGUCCAAGGUAACGUUCAUUGGUCAUGUGACUGGAAUGGAAUGCACCUAUUGGAUGGCUGAGCUGUGAGGAGCAGUGAUUGAAAGCCGAUUCUUUUUCGGACCGCUCAAACUGGACCUGCCGAGGGCCACAAACCAGAGCAGCACCCGAAGGUCAGGAAUGUCUGUGACUCCGCCAUCUAACAUCAGCUGCAGAUCCAGUGAGUGGAGCCUCAGAGGGACACAGCAGGUGCAGGAAGAGUUUUACUGUCAGCAGUCCCGGUCCAGAUCCAGGUCCCAGUCUUGGUUUGGUGCUGCCCUUGAUGUUCAUCUUGGUUUUGAUUUUGUUCCAGAUCUUGGAUCUGGUCAAGGUCUCUCUUUUUUUUUUCUCAGCAGGGUACCCACAAAAUCCCAUUCUCUUCAACAGUGUAGUUACCAUGGAAACCACAUCAUCACUCAUCCAUUUCAGUCAAAACACUGGUCCAGGGGCCUCACUCAUCUUGAGCAGCCCCUCAAAUGUUUUUCAUCUCGUGAGGAUUCAUUCAUUCAUUCAUCUGAUCAGCUGCUCCUAACUUUAUUGGGAGCCGAGUGGCCCAGGAGGGGCCCAUCAGGAGAGGCCCCCAGCUCGCCAUGUUCUAAAGGUUGAGGGCUGAGUCAUGUGACCACUUCACCUCUUCCAUUCAGAGCCAGAAGCCUCCAGGUCUGUUUUUAUUUAACUGAAAAUGUUAACACAUUUUUACUGUAAUGACUUUGAUGUUUUCAUAGGGGCCCCGGGCUGUUAGCGGGGCCCUGCGGCUGUUCAGACAAUGCUGCUUUAACCAGGUAACCAUGACGUCGUCGGUUAUUCUUUUUCACCGGAUUAACAAGGUAGUUUUGUGACAUCACGGUGCGUUUGAGGACUGUGGGACUUUACACUAACUGCUGUAUGUUGUAAUGAAUCACAGAUGUGAGAUUUAUAUAUUUUUUUUCUGCUCUAACUGUACUCAGAAGUUAAAGAAAUGCAGAGUCAGGAAAAUUUAUUAAAAGUGAAAUUUUAUUUGUGAGGAAAUAAAGAGUUUUCUGAUCUA